AUGGAGAAGUACCCAGAGCAGACAAUUUUUCCUGAUGGGAGUACAUCUGGAAGCGAUGAAGUUCCUACCGGUACGGUGGACUGGACACAAGAUGAAGAAAAGAAGCUUGUCCGAAAACUUGACUUCACCGUCCUACCGUUGUUGACUAUGGUCUUUUUCGCACUUCAAUUGGAUCGCGGCAACAUCGGAAGCGCCCUCAACGACAAUUUCCUGAAAGACGCAGGAAUCACACAAUACCAAUACAACAUCGGUCAACAGCUUCUCUCCGCUGGUAUCGUCAUUCUCGAGAUCCCUAGCAAUCUUUUGCUCUACCGCUUUGGCCCUCGGGUUUGGAUCUCUAGCCAGAUAUUCGCAUGGGGCCUAGUCGCAACAUUCCAAGCCUUCCAACAUGGACUUGGAGCUUAUCUAUCAACAAGACUCUUACUGGGCCUUUGCGAAGCAGGAUUUAUUCCUGGAGGUUUGUACACUCUCAGCUUGUACUACAAGAAAGAAGAGACCAGCAAGCGUUUCGCCAUUUACUUUUUCGGCAACAAUUUCGCCAGUGCAUGUACUGGCUUAUUGGCUUAUGGAAUUCUUCACAUGCGCGGUAUAGCAGGUCUUGCGGGUUGGAGAUGGAUGUUCCUCAUCGAAGGUAUCUUCACCAUACUCUGCGGCGUCGUCUUCCUUCUCUGUAUACCUCUCGGUCCCCAGAACCCAGCAACACUAUUCGGAUACCGCUACUUUACCGAACGCGAAGAACAUAUCCUUCGUCAACGAGUCCUGCUCGAUGACCCAAGCAAGGAGAAGAAAUCACAUUCGAUCUCGAAGAAAGAGUUGUUGAGCGUUCUUGGCAACUGGAAGAUAUACCCUCACGUCUUGAUCUCACUCUGCGGUAUCGCUCCCGCCACAACAAUGUCCUCCUACGCACCCUCUCUGGUCAAAAACUUCGGCUACGACAGACUCAAAGCCACAGCCAUGGUUUCCGUGGGUCCUUGGAUUCAAAUCUUCCUCAACUACCUCUCUGGCUAUCUCUCGGACAAAACCAACCGCAGAGGCUAUGUGAUCCUAGGUGGUUUGCUGAUGUGGUGGGGCUUCUGUCUAGGCUCAUUGGUUCUAGCAGAUACGACUCAAAAAGAAGCCAAAUACGCCAUGCUCGUGCUCGCAAUGGCCUCAAGCACUAUAUGGCAUCCGGUUAAUGGAUCUUGGCUUUCUAUGAAUGCCAGAUCGCCUGCUGAGAGAUCAAUCACAAUGGCUAUGUUCGUUUCAGCAGCCAACCUGGGAGGAAUUAUCGGUGGACAAUUAUUCCAGGCUGAUGAUGCACCUCACUAUAAGAAAGGUUGGACGGCGAUAGUCUGUUUGAUUUCCGUGUCGAUUGCGGCUAAUCUGUUCGCUAAUGGUCAAUAUCGUAUUUUGAACCGUCGGGCGAGAAAGCAUCGACGAGAUGAAGCUUCUGAUGAAAAGAGAGGUGAUGAGAGUCAAAGACUUACUUGGAUUCUCUAG